AUGUCGGAGACGGCCUCGGUGGCGUCGACGGCCACCGUCACGGUAUCGCCGGAUGUGCGCGCGUAUGUGGACAUGUACUACGCGUUGCGUGGGGAGGAAGAUGUGCGCUCGCAGGAGCAGCUUCUGACAGAGUCCAUGUGGAAACUGCGUGGCGUCGUCGAGUCACGCAAGCAGCUGCUGACGCGGCACACACAGGCCCUCGAUGGGGCACGCGCACAGCACGAGCGCCUGCGUUCCUCGCUUCUUCACCGCAUGACGCGUGCGCAGCACAUCCGCGUCACCGCGGAGGGCGUAGCGCGCGCCGAGUCGCGCGUGCGGGACACGGCGCAGGCGCUGUCAGCGGCGCAGGCCGAGCAGUCCGCGCUGGAAAAGCAGCGCACGGAGCUUGCCAGAGCGGCUGCGGCGCGUGCGAUGGAGCAGACGCGCCUCGACAUGCUGGGCGACGCGCUGUGUGCGCCGGGGUCGUCGGCGGCGGCAGCGACGGCGCCGUGUAUGACGGAGCUGGAGACACUGCGCCUGCUAUGCAAGCUGAUUCCGACGGAAAUGGUGCGGGAAAAGCGCACGCGCGCAGCGCUCGUCAAGGCAGAGUCCAAUGGGCGUGCGUGCCUCAAGAUCCUGCGGGACGUGCUCAACAUGUCGAUCCAGCUGGGCAUGGCGAACGACAAUCGCGACCGCCUGUUUCCCGGGCAGCCGUCGACGCUGACGAAGCGCAGCAUGCCGUACUUUUUGCGCGCGAAGGUGUGCCUGGGCGACUUUUACACGAAUGUAUCGAAUGCGCGCAUGCGGCAGGCGCUCGUGGAACGCGCGCCGAUCAUGGAUCUGGCCGAUCUCACGCGGCUGCCCGGGAAGAAGAACAAGCCGCUCGAUGCUGACGGCAUGCAAAAGUCGAUCGAGACGUCGUACACCCAGUGCCAGCACGUGUGCACCUAUGCCCAGCACGAGAUUCGCAUCUCGCUCGCGCGCGAGGCGGCGCUGCGAACGUUUCAGACCGAGACGGAGGAGCAGAUUCGCGCAGCCGAGGAGCGCGUGCGCCAGGCGCGUGCGUACGCCCUCGAGGGAGACGAGGGAAAGCUGGCGCUGCUCAUAGAGGCGCUGCCGGAUGAGCACGACGGUCCUCGUCCCCCGCCGCUGGCGGCCCUGGGCUUGGAUGAGGACGAAGAGCGCGAGAGCCUCAGCGACACCGCCUCGGUCGCGUGCACGCUCGCCUCGACGGCCACCGCCGUCUCGAUCGUCGGCUCGUCGCCGGCCGUGUACGCGCGCGCCUGGACGCGCCUGCACCGGCGCGUCGUCGACAUCAACCACGCAUGCCGCACGGACCACGAUGACGAAGACCUGCCCUGGACGCCCGGCGCCCUCGGUUUCUAA